AUGGCUCCGUGGAGUCGUCACCUUUUAUGUCUUGUGGCUUUCCUGAUUAACAUCACGCCAGCUUGUGGCUUUGAGAUUGUGGAGAAGAAGGAUGUCUUCAGGACCAUGCACUGCCCAUCAUUCCUGGUGUAUGACACAGCGGCAUACCUGUCGGACAUGACCAUCAAGUUGGAAUGCCACUGUAAGCCAGACGAGAUUGAGUCUGUAGUGUGGUACUACCAGAAGAACCUGGGUGGGGAGCUUUCCCGGGUGUUUACAGACAUCGACGGUGGAACCCGACUUGAUAGUAAGAACCUGCACAGCAACACUGACGCCCUGCUGAGGUUCAGCAUGCAAAUGUUUGACCUGGUGAUAUUUAAGGCACAGGUAAAAGAUUCUGGACACUAUCUGUGCGGCACAUGGGACAAGCAGUUUUUCUAUGGCUAUGAUAUUGACAUCCAGGAGUCCAGAACGUCUUAUACAACAAUUGAGAACCAUACCCUACAUGAACAAGAAGACCUGAGAAAGAGACACUUUACGGUCUUCACUUCUUUUUCGGACUGGUCCACAUGUGAUCGGUGUGAUGUGAAAGGAGAGCAAAGGAGACUGGGCUUAUGCUUUGUGCAGAGUGACUACCUGUUACCGAGAUACCUGUUCAUGGCUAAAAAAGAGGCACCUUGUGGCUCAGGCGCCGUUCCAGCAAAAAUUAAGAAAUAUGUUGCUGAUCGCAGACCAGAGGUCCUGAUCAGACGCUGUACGUCCCCCUGCAGAAAGACACCACUAAGCUUCCUCGAAAAGAUUCUCAACUUUAUAAAACGUAUGAUAAAAGCUGUCAAGAAACAUAUUCCUUGGUUUCCCAAGAUACCCAAGGUACCAGCUGAAAUAUACCCGGAUCGUGACAGCGACCCUCUGACCCUUCAAUGCCCAGGAGCCAAACCAGGACAAUCUGUAGCUUGGGAUAAAGAGGAUGAAAAAGAGGACAUUAGACUAAUGCUAUCAGAUUACUUAGUCGGGCAUUACGAUAAUAGGAGAGUGACAAUAGACUAUGGAGACCAUCUGAACUUCCGUGCUGUAGAGAAAAGUGAUGGAGGAAUAUACUACUGCUGGCUACAGGGGAAGAGGAAGGCUGGAUUCAGGUUGGUUGCCCUAGGUAACACAGGAGGACAUAAGUUCAAUGAUCCAGAGGCUAUUGCAACCAUGUUAAACAUCGGCAGAGCCUGCUGUCCAACUGCCCGACCACAAAACAUCACCAGAGGCUGCUGUCUGGCCAUAAGACAUCACCAGAGGCAGCUGCCCGGCCAUAAGACCGGCCUGGCCACAAGACAUCAGAGGCUGCUGCCUCGGCCACAAAAAAAUCCUCCAGAGGCCACAACACCUACCUCUGGAGGUCACCAACCCAGCCUAUGUGAAUCUCAUAGCCGGUCCCAAGCCCGGAUAAAUGGGGAGGGGUGA